AAAUCCCCGCGAACUUAAAUGCAUUUACAGUAUUUUCUUUCAAUGUGACUCUGAUCCUUCACAGCAGUGUCCCACCCUCACACUGGUGCAUCAUACAGUAGUACCACUGAACAUUCAUGUAACUCGUGUUUUUACAGGGUGGCCCUAUUGCAAUCCGGGCAUCCCUGCAGCGUCCUGGUCUAUUUUCCGGGAUGCUACUGUUGUCCCCUGCUAUACGGGCCGCGCUGCUGGCAGGGAUGAUCGUCAUAGGAUCAAUCGGCGCCUGGCUGCUUCCAGAGGUCCGUGUGGGCGGGCCUCGGCCGCUACUAGUACUCCUGAGCAAACACCAGGAAAGUCAAACGAUGUACGUAAACGAUCCUUUCGUCUUUAAAGACGGGAUUAAGUUGCGGGCGGCACAUCAGCUGCUUAAUGGUAUAAAAGAAACACGCCAACGGCUCCAUGAAGUCGAGUGCCCAUUUCUGAUACUACACGGUGAGAACGACUCCGUAACAGACAUCGGCGGGUCCCGAGAACUGUAUGAGCAGGCCAGGAGUCAAGAUAAACAGUUAAAGACGUACCCCAACUGUCUGCACAACUUACUGCUGGAGACGCCUGACGAUGUAGAGAAGGUUCAGAAGGACAUCGUGGAUUGGUUGUUACCCCGUGUGGACCGGGCACAGACUUCCUCCUCACAUGUAUGGUUAUAAACUCUCAUUACUACACCCCAUAAGGGGCGGUAUAACCCCAAUUGUGCAGUAUAACACCGUAUGCCUCUACUACUUGUACAACUUCUACUACUUACGUUUAUGAAGGUUAUACAUCCAGGUAUACAAUAUUCAAAUGAUUCAAUUUCUACAACUGGAUGAUAAAAACGGAGAUUUACUGCCGGAUGUUUCGAGUGACAUCCAUCACUCUUCUUCUGCGUCACUUGUGAAGCUUCGAAGAGAUCAAAUUGUAUUUGAAUUCUUCUACUACUGUUACUACACAUAUCGCAGUCUUGCAACUGUGUUUAUCCUCCAAAAUAUGCCUGUAUUCCUUUGAUCGCAGAUGAUAGGUGUGCAACCAUUGUUUUCGUUGUAAACUUAUACUGAUUUUUGUUGUUUAACUCACAUUUUGUUGUCCAGAAGAAAUAUGUUGAGUCAAUCAGAUGAAGGUCCAUGAAUGACACAACGAUUUUAUUCCCAUAUCGUUAUACAUGUAUAUGUCAUAUUGUAGAUAUCAGAGGUGUAAAUUCAAUAUACGUUACAUAGUGUUGUAGUAUAUGAAAUGCAGUACAUAUUUUACCAUGUGUGCGCAAAUUAGCCUGAGUAGCCAGUACUAGCCACCAUUAUACUAGUAGUUGACUAUGAUAUACAUAUGAUGAUCGCUGUCUAGAAUAGCACUAGUCCAUAUAUCUUCAGUCAUGUGUAUGUAUCAUGACUAGUUUGACUGUAAGAUAUUGUGCUGCUAUGUUUAAAUCAUGAUAUUCGAUAUAAUGACGCUAACUAUCGCCUGGCUUGUAUAUAUCGUUCUGAUAAUUGGAUUCAGUACGGAUUGUAAACAUACUGGUAUGAUGGUAAACAAUAUAUCAUAUCAUUUUCGUUAUACAUGUUCAGUUAUACAUGUAAAUGUCGGUGUACAUGUGCUUGUACUCUAAACAUCAGAUCGUUUACUUGCGUACGUAAGAGAAAAUAAUGGUUGUCGCGUACCAAUAAAUGGAUCUAAGUCGUUUUGUGACAUUAGAUAAAUCUAACCCGUUUACAUGCUGUUCCUGAUGUUAAAAGGGUUAAGAUAAGCCUAAAACAUUGACGACACUAGCUUCUCCGACUAGGCCUGAAUAAAGGUGCCGCGUGUAGACCAAGUACGUA